GAACAUUUGUUGUGACCUGAAAUUCCAUGUCAUCAUCAUUUGUAGUGUGAUUUUUAAUCAAUUCAGGAAUAUGAAAUUACCAUUAGCUGGCGGAACAUUCGUUACAAUCACUGCGAAUAAAUCAGGUUUUAUGAAAAUAGAAAAACAUCGUCAAGUUAUGUCAGGCAUAAAAUUUUUUAUCUAUAAUCCAGGAUAUGCAAUCCCAAUUGCAUAUCGCCUACAAAUGUCAUUGUUUAAAUCUAUGGAUUGGAAUAAAUUAAUGCGAAAAUUACAUGAAAUAACACAUCAUCAAUUUGCUGGUUUCACACUAAGUUGGCAUGACGGAUUUCAUAACUGUAUCAUUACAGAUGUAAAAGAUAUUUUAAGAGCUGUAGAAUAUAUACAAACGAAACAAUCAGCUGUUGAAGAUAAUUGUUUACAUGUCAAAGUGAAUAGUUUGCCAAAAUCAUUACCGAAUGAAAAUCUGCCUACUACUACUACUACUACUACUACGACUACUACAACUACGCCUGAUGAAACAACUAAUUCUACUGAAGGAUUAUUGAAUCGUUUUCAUCCACCGACAUAUUCAGAAGCAGUUGGUUCACAGGCUAAUUUAGUCGCUAAAACAAAUCAAUCGAAACAGAAAAUUAUUAUUAUACGUUCAAAUCGACAAAAUAGAAAUCAAGAGAAUACAACUGUUAAUUGAAUAUGUGUGUUUUGUUUUGUUUUUCACUGUUUAUAAGAGUUCAAAAUGAAUAGCAUGUCCAAAAUAUAUGUUCAAUGUCGAAAUAAUAACCGAAAUGCAAAGAUAUACUUGUGUGGUAUAGUUUAUCGUUCAAUUGUACUGUGAUGAUAUCCUUUUCGUUAUCUUAAAUCAACAUUUUCUUUUUUUUUCUGAUUAAAUCAA